AAUGCAGAGAGCAGGUUUAUGCUAAUCAGGCUUGCAAGGGGAGGAGGAGGAGGAGAGGAGCAGCUCAGGGUGAGGGGGUUGGAGCCAUUUUGAAAUCACUUUUUAAAGUUACCGUGGAAAAUAAAGUGAAGUUUUGGAGCUGUUGGCAUGCCGCCCCCCAGCCCGGUGUGAGGACGGCCAGUGGUCGGUACCGUUGGAUAGAGGACAUGUGGGCACUGUGCAUGGUGGUCACUGCGCUGAGGGUGCUGCAGCCGGCUGGGGGGCUGGAGGUGCACCUUUACCCGGGGAGCCAAGCUGGAGCAACCAACCUAUCUGUGGGACAUGGCUGGUCCUACCGUCUGCAAGGUUCCCCCCAGGUGAUGGAGGCUGUGGAGGUCACCAAGCUGGGGCAGCUGAGACUGAGCUCCGGAGCCACCUGUGAGGGUCUCCCAAGCCUCCCCCAGCCCCUGUCCCUGGUACUUACUUCCCGGGGAGCACUGAUAUCCAUGUCCCUGCGGCUGGAGGUCUAUGUCCAUGGCCAGGACUGUUAUACCAAGCGCCGGAGGAAGGGUCCUUGGAAAAGGCUGUGGGAGCCCGAUGUGGAUAUUGAGUUCAGGGUCCCUGGGGCCCCACAUUGUCCCCCCAAUCUAUGGAGCAGGACCCAGGAGUUGGUGGGCACAGUGCUGGGGAGCCCUGCUUGCAGACUGCUGGACACCGUCUCUUCUUCUGGUUGCCUGGACCCUGGUGGGACCCUGGGGCUCCUGGGAUGUGCGGCAGAAGAAAAGCAGGUGCUGGUUCUGGUCAGACUGAGAGUUCGGUUGGCCCCUAACUUCUCCAGCAGGAGGAAGAGGAGCACCAACAGCAGCCCCCAAUUCCAGCUCCACAACUACCAGGCUUCGGUACCGGAGAACGAGCCUGCAGGGACAAGGGUCACCUCUCUGAGGGCCACAGACCCGGACUCGGGGGAGGCAGGGAGGCUGGAGUAUUUCAUGGAGGCUCUGUUUGACAGCCGGUCUAAUGACUACUUCGAGAUCGACCCAGAGACCGGCACCGUCACCACCACCCAAGCCCUGGACAGGGAGACCAAAGACACCCACGUCCUCAAAGUCACGGCGACCGAUUUCGGCUCUGCGAGGAGAUCGGCCGCCACUUUCCUCACGGUCACGGUAAGUGACACCAACGACCACGAGCCGGUGUUCGAGCAAUCGGAGUACCGGGAGAAUAUCCGGGAGAACCUGGAGGUGGGCUACGAGGUUAUGACCAUCAGAGCCACGGAUGGAGAUGCCCCAUCCAAUGCCAACAUGCUCUACCGGCUGGUCAAUGGCCUAGGGGUGAACCAGGUGUUUGAGAUAGAUCCCAGGUCAGGGGUGGUCAGGACCAAAGCCCUGGUGGACAGAGAGUCAGUGACCGACUACCAGCUCAUAGUGGAAGCCAAUGACCAAGGCAAGGACCCAGGACCCAAGAGUGCCACAGCCACUGUCUACAUCUAUGUGGAGGAUGAGAACGAUAAUUACCCCCAGUUUACAGAGAAGCGAUAUGUGGUGCAGGUCCCAGAGAACAUCAGCCCCAACACCCAGGUCCUGCAGGUCCAGGCCACCGAUAGGGACAAGGGCAACAACGCCAUAGUGUAUUACAGCAUAGUGAGUGGGAACAUAAAGGGCCAGUUCUACAUCCACUCAUUGACCGGGAACAUUGAUGUCAUUUACCCCCUGGACUAUGAGGUCAUCAGGGAAUAUUCCCUCAGAAUUAAAGCUCAAGAUGGUGGCAGGCCCCCUCUCAGUAACACCACAGGCAUGGUGUCAGUUCAGGUGGUGGAUGUCAAUGACAAUGCCCCCAUUUUUGUCAGCACCCCCUUCCAAGCCACUGUCAUGGAGAAUGUGCCUAUAGGCUACUCUGUGGUCCACAUCCAAGCCAACGAUGCGGACUCUGGAGACAAUGCCCGAAUUCAGUAUAGUCUGACCGAUAUCCCACCAAAUUUCCCUUUCCUGAUCAACAACAGCACUGGCUGGAUUACUGUGUCCUCUGAGCUAGACAGGGAGGCUGUGGAGUUCUACACUUUUGGGGUGGAGGCCAGGGACCAUGGAGACCCAGUGAUGACCUCCUCAGCCAGUGUCACCAUAACCAUCCUGGAUGUCAAUGACAACAACCCAACCUUCACCGAGAAGGUCUACCAGCUGAGGCUCAAUGAAGAUGCUGCAGUGGGUAGCAGUGUCCUCACCAUGACUGCAGUGGACAAGGAUGUCAACAGUGUUGUCACCUACCAGAUCACCAGUGGGAACACCAGGAACCGGUUUGCCAUCACUAGCCAGAGUGGAGGUGGGCUAAUCACCCUGGCUCUGCCUCUGGACUACAAGCAGGAGAGACAGUAUGCCCUCACCGUAACAGCCUCUGAUGGCACCAGAUCUGACACUGUCCUGGUCUUUAUCAAUGUCACCGAUGCCAACACCCACCGGCCAGUGUUCCAGAGCUCCCAUUACACGGUGAGUGUGAGUGAGGACAAGCCCAUAGGCACGUCGAUAGUUACCAUCAGUGCCACAGAUGAAGACACUGGGGAAAAUGCCAGGAUAACCUACAUCAUGGAAGAUAACAUCCCCCAGUUUAGGAUAGACCCAGACACUGGUACCAUCACCACACUCAUAGAACUGGACUAUGAGGACCAGGCUUCCUACACCCUGGCUAUCACAGCCAAGGACAAUGGCAUCCCCCAAAAAUCUGACACUACCUAUGUGGAAAUCCUAAUUCUAGAUGCCAAUGACAACAUGCCCCAAUUCAUGAGGGACAGAUACCAAGGGACUGUGUUUGAAGAUGUCCCUCUGUCCACCAGUGUUCUCCAGAUCUCCGCCACAGACAGGGACUCUGGCCUCAAUGGGAGAGUAAUGUACACUUUCCAGGGGGGAGACGAUGGAGAUGGGGACUUCUACAUCGAGCCCACCUCUGGGAUCAUCAGGACCUCCCGCAAACUGGACAGAGAGAACGUUCCCAUCUAUAACCUGAAAGCUUAUGCUAUAGACCGGGGUAACCCACCCUUAAAAGCCCCCGUGGACAUCAGAAUCACAGUGCUGGACAUUAAUGACAACCCACCUGUCUUUGAGAAGGACGAGUUGGACAUCUUUGUGGAGGAGAACAGCCCUGUGGGCUCUGUGGUGGCCAAAAUUACUGCCACUGACCCAGAUGAAGGGACGAAUGCCCAGAUCAUGUACCAGAUCGUGGAAGGAAAUAACCCUGAGGUCUUCCAGCUGGACCUCUUUAAUGGGGACCUUACAGCUUUGGUGGACCUUGACUAUGAGCUGAAGACUGAGUACACCAUUGUGGUCCAGGCCACCUCUGCCCCUUUGGUGAGCAGGGCCAUUGUCCACAUCAAACUACUGGACAAGAACGACAAUGACCCAGUGCUCCAGGACUUUCAGAUCAUAUUUAACAAUUAUGUGACCAACAAGUCCAAUAGCUUCCCAUCUGGAGUGAUUGGGAAGAUACCAGCCUACGAUCCUGAUGUGUCAGAUACUCUUCACUACAGUUUUAUCCAGGGUAACGAGCUGGAUCUUCUCAUCCUGGACUCUGCUACUGGGGAGCUGAAGCUGAGCAGGGACCUGGACAAUAACCGACCCCUGGAAGCCCUGAUGAGGGUCUCUGUAUCUGAUGGCAUCCAUAGUGUUACUGCACACUGCACUCUCAGGGUCACCAUAAUCACGGAUGACAUGCUGACUAACAGUAUCACGGUCAGGCUGGAGAACAUGUCCCAGGAAAAGUUCUUGUCUCCUCUUCUUUCGCUCUUCGUGGAAGGAGUUGCUACAGUGUUGUCUACCACCAAGGAUGGCAUCUUUGUCUUCAAUAUACAAAAUGACACUGACGUGAGUUCCAACAUUCUGAAUGUCACCUUCUCAGCCUUGCUUCCUGGUGGAGUCCGUAACAAGUUCUUUCUUUCUGAAGAUCUCCAAGAACAGAUUUAUCUCAACAGAACACUUCUAACCAUGAUCUCCACACAGAGGGUCUUGCCAUUUGAUGACAACAUUUGUUUGAGGGAACCAUGUGAGAAUUAUAUGAAGUGUGUUUCUGUCCUGAAAUUUGACAGCUCAGCUCCCUUCAUCAGCUCCAACACUGUCCUCUUUCGCCCUAUUCAUCCUAUCAAUGGAUUACGGUGCCGAUGCCCACCUGGAUUUACUGGUGAUUAUUGUGAAACAGAGAUUGACCUCUGCUACUCCAAUCCCUGUGGCAAGAAUGGGCUCUGCCGGAGCAGAGAAGGUGGUUAUUCUUGUGAAUGCAAUGAUGAAUACACAGGAGAACAUUGCGAAGUGAGUUCCAGAUCAGGACGCUGUGUCCCGGGUGUCUGUAAAAACGGAGGAACUUGUAUUAACCUGCUGAUUGGUGGUUUCAAGUGUGAAUGUCCACCGGGAGAGUAUGAGAGACCGUAUUGCGAAAUGACUACUAGAAGCUUUCCCCCGCAAUCAUUUGUUACGUUCAAAGGGUUAAGACAGCGCUUUCAUUUCACAGUCUCUCUCAUCUUUGCUACCAGGGAAAGGAAUGCUCUUAUUCUCUAUAACGGGAGGUUUAAUGAAAAACAUGACUUCAUUGCACUUGAAAUUAUCGAGGAGCAGAUCCAACUAACAUUCUCGGCAGGAGAAACUACUACUAAAGUGAGCCCCUACGUGGAGGGCGGUGUUAGUGACGGGCAGUGGCAUUCUGUGCAGGUGCAAUACUACAAUAAGCCUAACAUUGGUAGACUGGGAAUUCCUCACGGCCCGUCCGGGGAGAAGGUGGCUGUGGUGACCGUGGAUGACUGUGACACCGCAGUGGCGAUACGAUAUGGAAACCUGAUUAAGAACUACACGUGUGCUGCUCAGGGGACCCAAACUGGCUCUAAGAAAUCUCUUGAUUUGACCGGACCCCUUUUGCUGGGAGGCGUUCCCAACUUACCGGAGGACUUUCCUGUGCAGAACCGACAGUUCAUUGGCUGCAUGAGAAAUUUAACCAUUGAUGGGAAACCCAUAGACAUGGCUAGUUUUAUAGCCAAUAAUGGCACGUUAGCAGGUUGCACAGCCAAGAAAGACUUUUGUGAUGGCAUAUUCUGCCAGAACGGGGGAACGUGCGUCAACAGGUGGAACACUUAUUACUGCGAGUGUACUCUGCACUUUGGUGGAAAAAACUGUGAGCAAGCAAUGCCUUUCCCUCAACAUUUCAAAGGAGAUGGGAUUGUCAUUUGGACAGAGAUGGAUAUCACGGUGUCUGUGCCGUGGUUCAUAGGACUGAUGUUCAGGACCCGACAAUCGAGUGCCAUGUUACUGCAGGCUAAUGCAGGGACGUCAUCACGGAUUAAUAUUCAGAUAAUAAACAGAUACAUACAGCUUGAAGUAUUCAAUGGCGUCAAUCUGAUUGCAAGCAUGACAAUUCCACAAAUACGCAUAAGUGACGGGGAAUGGCAUCAUCUCCUCAUUGAACUGAAAAGCUCCAAAGAUGGCAAAGACAUAAAAUAUUUGGCCGUAAUGUAUCUGGACUAUGGAAUGUAUCAGAACUGGGUGGAAAUUGGGAAUGACCUUCCUGGGUUGAAGCUGAAGAGUAUCUUUGUUGGGGGUCUGUCUGGCUCAGAUGUCUCUGUGACCCAGGGUUUUAAUGGAUGUUUGAAGGGGGUGAGAAUGGGCGAGACGUCAACAAAUAUAGGGACUCUAAACAUGAACAAAGCGCGGGUAACUAAUGUGGAGAGUGGCUGCGAGGUGGAGAAUUCGUGUGAUACCAACCCGUGUCCUUACAAUAGUGAUUGUAGCGAUGACUGGAAGAGCUUCUCGUGCAACUGUGAACCAGGGUUUUUUGGCAAAGACUGCUUAGAUGUGUGUAGCUUGAAUCCCUGUGAGCAUGUUUCAACAUGUGUCCGCAAGCCCAGUUCCUCUCAUGGAUAUACGUGUGAAUGUGGGGCCAGCUAUUACGGACAGUACUGUGAGAACAAAGUCAAUCUCCCUUGUCCGAGAGGAUGGUGGGGGAAUCCUAUCUGCGGCCCUUGUAACUGUGAAGUUAGUAAAGGCUUUGACCCGGACUGUAACAAGACCAAUGGAGAGUGUCGAUGUAAGGAUAACUAUUACAAGCCGCAUGACAGUGAUACUUGUUACCCAUGUGACUGUUUCCCCUCUGGUGCGUUUGCUCGUGGAUGCGACAUGGAGACCGGACAGUGUCCGUGCAAACCGGGAGUCAUUGGGCGCCAAUGCAACCGCUGUGACAAUCCAUUCGCUGAGGUUACUAAUCAGGGAUGUGAAGUGAUUUACAAUGGAUGUCCCAAAGCCUUCGAGGCUGAAAUCUGGUGGCCGCAGACAAAAUUUGGACAGCCAGCUGCUGUUCCGUGCCCCAAGGGAUCUGUGGGAAACGCGAUCCGACACUGCAGCGAGGAAAAAGGCUGGCUUCCUCCUGAACUCUUCAACUGUACCACCCUAACCUUCUUGGAUCUAAAGAGUUUGAAUGAAAAGUUACAUCGCAAUGAGACCACUCUGGAUGGCGAGAAGUCCAUCCUGAUCGCCCGUGUGCUGCACAAUGCCACCAACCACACCAAGGCCUUCUAUGGGAACGAUAUCAGGACAGGAUACCAGAUGCUGGUUCGUGUUUUGCAGCAUGAGAGCCAACAGCAGGGCUUUGACUUGGCUGCAACAAGGGAUGUGGAAUUUAAUGAGAAUGUUAUAUAUGCUGGCAGCGCAAUACUAGAUCAAGGAAACAAAGAGCAUUGGCAUCAGAUCCAGAGAUCGGAGGGUGGCACGGCGCAACUUUUAAAGUAUUAUGAAGAUUAUGCCAACAAUGUGGCUAAAAACAUGAAGAGGACAUACAUGAAGCCCUUUAUCAUCGUAUCUCCAAAUAUUAUCAUUGCCGUAGACAUAUUCGAUCAGGCUAAUUUCACUGGUGCCAAGAUCCCUGACUUUACCGAGAUCUAUGAGGAUUAUCCAAAAGAUCUGGAGUCGUCCGUCAUAUUCCCUGAUACGUUGUUUAAACCUGUCGACAGAAAAGUGCUCCCAACAGUCAAAUCUCCAAAUCAGAAAUUUGCCGGUGACGAUAAUGGGUAUGAUGCCAGUCUUUCAAAAAGGAAAAAGAGACAACCGGAUUCCUCAGACCAGCAUGCUGUUGCUAUGGUGAUCGUUUACCGUUCAUUAGGGCAGCUGUUACCGGAACGCUAUGACCCAGACCGUCGUAGUUUAAGGGUUCCCAAUCGCCCAAUCAUUAACACACCUAUAGUGAGCACAACUGUUCAUACUGAAGGGGAGGCACCAUCAGCACAACUGGAGAAACCCAUAAUCCUGGAAUAUAACAUGCUGGAGACUGAGGAGAGGACCAAGCCUGUCUGUGUAUUCUGGAACCACUCAAUAAUAAUUGGUGGAACCGGAGGCUGGUCUUCCAGAGGUUGUGAUCUUAUAUUCAGGAAUAAAAGCCAUAUUACCUGCCAAUGCAACCAUAUGACAAGCUUUGCUGUGUUAAUGGACAUCUCCAAAAGAGAAAAUGGUGAAGUCCUGCCCCUGAAGAUCAUUACGUUUGCCUCCGUGUCAAUCUCCAUGGUAGCGUUGCUAGUUACCUUCAUCCUAUUAGUUCUAAUCAGAACGCUACGUUCUAAUAUUCACAAUAUCCACAAGAACCUGGUGGCCGCUCUCUUCUUCUCCGAACUGGUCUUCCUCAUCGGAAUUAAUCAGACUGAAAAUCCGUUUGUUUGCACGGUGAUUGCCAUCCUCCUGCAUUACUUCUACAUGUGCACGUUCGCCUGGAUGUUUGUGGAAGGACUUCAUAUCUACCGCAUGCUGACCGAAGUCAGGAACAUAAAUUCUGGCCACAUGAGGUUUUACUACGUUGUGGGCUAUGGUAUCCCUGCCAUUAUUACAGGACUGGCGGUGGGUCUGGACCCUCAGGGCUAUGGCAACCCUGAUUUUUGCUGGCUGUCUGUUCACGAUAUGCUGAUCUGGAGCUUUGCUGGGCCCAUUGUUGUUGUGGUCGCAAUAAACACAAUCAUCUUUGUACUGGCCAUAAAGGCAACGUGUGGACGCAGACAGCGGGCAGUCGAUAAAACUGGAGUCAUCACUGCCCUGAGGACGGCCUUCCUAUUGCUCUUAUUAAUUAGCGCCACGUGGCUACUGGGACUUAUGGCGGUCAAUAGCGAUGUAAUGACCUUUCAUUACCUGUUCGCUAUCUUCAGCUGUUUACAGGGUCUAUUCAUUUUAUUUUUCCACUGCGUCUUCAAUAAGGAAGUCCGGAAGCACUUAAAAAACGCUUUUAGUGGGAAGAAAUCCCUUGCAGAUGACUCUACAAUGACAAGAGCUACAUUGUUAACGCGAACCUUGAACUGUAACAACACGUACAUGGAUGAGCCAAACAUGUACAGAACGGCCAUCGGAGAGUCUACUGUCUCUUUAGAUAGCACUGUCAGAGAUGAAGCUGCUCAGAAGCUUAGCACGUCUUCUGGACAAACGCGUGCCGGGGUCACAGAGGUGGAUACCUCCUUGUUCCGGAGAACGCGGUCGAAUGGCCAUGACUCCGAUUCGGAUAGCGAGCUUUCCAUUGAUGAACACAGCAGCUCCUAUGCUUCGUCUCGCUCCUCUGACAGCGAGGAAGAAGGGAUUGAUUGUGAUAAAAAAUGGAAGCCCACCAGUCCCAAAAAUAAUCAGAGAGGCCCGGUACACAGUACUCCUAAAGAUUUCAAGGAAUGCAUUUUCAUUUCCAACUUACGGGAGGAUUUAAUUGUAUCAGAUGCAACAAAACAGGUGGAUUCGAUACCGAAUCACGUGAAACCUUACUGGCCUGGUGAAUGUAUGACGGCCAGUGACAGCGAAGACCAGGCUGGGAAAUGCAAACUGAAAGUGGAGACCAAAGUGAAUGUGGAGCUUCAUAAUGAAAACAAGUUAAACCAUUGUGGGGAGACCCCACCCGACAAAGAGAACGAGAUUCAAAAGGAUGGAAAACUUGUCCCCAACCAAAAUAACCAUCAGCCGGAACUGAGGAAAGGCAUUUUAAAAAACAAAGUCACAUACCCUCCCCCUCUGACAGACAAAAAUAUGAAAAAUCGGCUACGUGAAAAAUUAUCAGACUACAACCAAGGCACCACUAUCUCAUCGAAGCCCUCCUCGUUGUGUUCAAAUGAUGGUGUCUAUCCAGUAACAGACUCCGGGAUCACCAUUAAAAAUGUGCGGAGAGAUCAGUCGCGAGAGCAGCUCAAUGGCAUGGCCCUUACCGUGCAAGUUGGACCGGCGAAUGGAGAGACCUCAGACUCCGACGGCAGUAAUGAAACCUCAAUUUGAAUCAUCAGGAAACCGUGAAAAGCUACUGGAGGCCAGGAACGCGUGUCCGAAGAAUGGGGCUCCCUCCGGAACCUCGGAUUGUACGCAAGAGCUUACGUGCCAGAAUGAGGAUAUGUUAUUGCUUAAUGCAAUUUAUUUAUAUGGCAGACUUGUGACUGCUUCCAAACCAUGAACCGAUGGUGGGAUUACGACAUGAGUGAGGAAUUCCGCUCCGGAUUAUUCCAUGCUUGUCUCCAGUGCCAAACGAGACUCCAUUCCCAUGGAGGAAAGGAUGUCAAAGCUAUGGAUGGAACAGAACAGACUGGCACAUACCCAGAGCCAUACAUUUGUUAAAGAGACUGCUUUGUACUGAAGCCUUUCCCUAAUGACUUUUGAAAACAUGUAAAUACAAUGGACGUAUUAUGUUGAAAUCAGCGCUGUAUAGGAGAUGCCUCUUCCGCGGGGUCCAGUUUGCUGAUUUGAUUUUGUCUGUCACAAUGUGACCUUCCAGCCUACUGAACAAUGCACACGGGACGAUCACACCAAGUGCCCUUAAUUCAUUUCACCACAAUUUGUCUUAACAAGAAUCCGUUUAUAAAUCUAUGGGGGAAAAAAAACAAAACAGAUUGUAGAUAUUUUUUAUAUAAAUAUAUAUAUUAUAUAUUUUGUAU